AAAUGUAAACUUGAGUUAUUAAAAAUUAAACGUCAUUAUUUAGUAACAUUAUUGCCGUGUAACAUACUAAAUCAGUGACUAAAAAAUAAUUGAAAUGAAGCAAGGAAGCAUUUCAAUAUCGAAACUCAAUUGCAAAAAGAGUGCUCCAACAUUGCGUGAAAAUAAAACUAUUUUGAUAUGGAACAGUGCACAUCGGAUCGAGACGGCCGCAUUUGGAUUUGAACUCGACUCAUUUCGCCGGCACGGUUGCGAAGUUUCUGAUUGCAUUGUUUUCGACAAUGCAACAUCACACGAAUUAUUGCCGCUUGAAGAUUACGAUGCAAUCAUUAUUCACAUGCAUGAGCUGUGGUUAACACACCUGCCAGAAUUUCAGAGAAAAUCACAUCAGCGCUUAAUUUUUCUAUCGCAAGAAUCGCCUACUACACUGCCCAUCGACGUAACUAAGUUUGGUAAUUACUUCAACUGGACGAUGACUUACAAACUUAAUUCGGAUGUUCAAUUACUCUACGGUAGAGUUUCACCGCGUUCGACAGCACCCAAAACUUCAGAAGAAACGCGCAAAAUGAUUGAAGAAACACAUCUUUCAUCAACCAAAAACUACGCUGCUAAAAAAACCUCGCCAGUCGUUUGGAUGGCAUCUCAUUGUGGUACUCACAGUUUGCGAGAAACUUACGUGCAUCAGCUUGGCAAAUUCAUCCCUGUCGAUGUUUAUGGCGGAUGCGGUAAUUUGAGUUGUUCUCGAAAUCACUCACACUGGCUAUCUUUCCCGCAUUGCUACAACGUAUUGGAGGAGAAAUACAAAUUCUAUUUGUCGUUCGAAAAUUCAAUCUGCACCGAUUACGCCACGGAAAAAUUCUUUGAGAUUCUGAAGCACAAUAUGGUUCCGGUCGUCUACGGAGGGGCCAACUAUAGCCUGAUCGCACCACCCCAUUCUUACAUUAAUGCACUGGAUUUUACUCCGGAGAAAUUGGCCGAGUACCUGAAACUUGUUGAUUCCAACGACACGCUCUACAAUGAGUAUUUCUGGUGGAAGGAUCACUAUGAGGUAGAAGCUGGAGUGGAUCAAAUGGCUAGCCACGGUUUCUGCGACUUGUGCAAGAAACUUCACCAAGAUCAAGGUGUAAUCAAGUACUAUUCCGAGUUAGUUUCGGAGUGGCAUUACAAUACGCAAUGUCAUCAGUUUACUUCUUGGGAAACUCAAAGUUAGCAACAAAUUAAAACCAUCAUUUUCAUACGUACCAUGGCAAACUUUCUUAACCUCUGAUCCCACUCCGCGUUUGAUUUGGUUGCAUUUAUUUAUCUGUGAGUUCUAUGUCUAUAAUAUAGGGAACUGAUUAAAUGUAUGUUAAUCGAAUAGCUGAAAAUCAACUAAAUUGUUACAUAUGGAACAUGAUAUGGAAUAAUGGACCAUUAAUAAGAAAUCCGUUAGAAGUCACGUUUUCUGCAACGAAAUAAAAGAACCUGAAACAGC